AUUUUAUUACUGCCUACUAGGUACAUGCACGUGUGAUACGUUGUACUACAUAAUAGGUCUUGCACAUUGGUAAUAAGUGAUGAUAUAUAUGUAUGUACUUCCAUCGCUCUGAAUAAUAACAGGUGAUCUUCAACUUCCAAGCUUUGUAAAUAUCUCUUCGUUGAGUUGUUUCCUCUGGAUUUUUCUUGGGACCGAACGGCCUUACCUACACACAACAUGGGACUCUCACGGCUUGCGCUUGUAGCUGCAGGCUUCCUGCAUCUUCCACUUGGAUAUUGCGCAGCAUUGAAGACACAGGCAACCGACAGCAUAUCCAGCUGUGGAAGCACAUGGAUGUCUGGUAGCGAUGUCAAAAUCGCUCAAGGAACCGAUUCCCGAAGAGGGUUCAGUACUGCAGUACAAGACUUCUGUAGCGCUGCAAAUGGGCAGGUUGUCAAGUCCAAUGGCUUUCUUUCGAUGGCAACGGAGGUCUUCCUCAACGGCGGGAAGGACCCCGCUUCCUACGGUGUUUUAGGAUUUGUAUAUUUUGAGGUACACAACAAGGAAAGCUCAGACCAUACCAUUUCAACUGAGAGUUGCAAAAACUACCUUUUAGCCCUCAGCGCUGACGGCGGCAAAUGUUCCGGAGCGACUAAUCACGAUACCAAGGGUGGCACUUGGCAAGUAGGCAACAAUGGCGUCUCUUAUCAUGCCUUGGCAAACGAGGUUCCGCCUGUACGAGACGCAAUUAACAAACUAUUCGCUGGUGCUGCUUUGGACACACAAAGUGUCAACAAGGGUUCUGGUGCACCCCUAAACCCGUGGCCCUUAGAUUCCGUAAAUGCCGUCAAGCCGACAUCGUGCCAUAGCCAUAAUGAUUACGACCGAGACAUCCCCAUCUACUCAGCCAUGAGUGCAGGAUGUAUUGGCCUGGAAGCUGACGUUUGGUAUGCGAGCGGCGAUGUGAUUAUCGGUCACACAGUCCCAACCCCGGGCAGGACACUGCGCGUGCAGUACAUUGAUCCCAUCAAGGCAAUUCUCGACCAUAACAACGGGGGUUCAUCAGGCCCCAAUGGUUUUUACAAGGCCAAGCCGAGUCAGAGCAUCACGCUAUUAGUAGACUUCAAAACAUCCAGCAGCGGGACUCUAGACGCUGUCGUCAAAGCCCUUCAACCUCUCCGGGAUGGUGGAUACCUCAGCCACCUCAGCGAUGGCAAGUUUGUCGAGAAACAGGUCACAGUUGUCGCAAGCGGAAGCGCCCCAUUCGAUCGGAUCAGCACGGGCGACGGCAACCCAGACCGCGAUAUAUUCUUCGACGCUAGCUUGGACGAAUGGGAUGCCAAAUACACCAGCACAAACUCGUACUAUGCCUCAGCCGACUUCCAGAGUACGAUUGGAAACCCAGGAAGCGCAAAGGACUUCACCGACGCGCAGAAAUCUAAGGUCGAGUCGCAGGUCAAGAAUGCUCAUGCAGCGGGGCUCAAAGUCCGAUACUGGAAUCUGUCUGGCGAUUACCUCUGGGAGCCGUUGGCCGCACUGGGUGUCGAUCGGUUGAAUGCCGAUGAUAUGUAUGAUACGGCGAGGCUAGUUCGGUUGUAGUUAUGCCGUGAUAUCAAAGGAUUUAAAGACAAGAUAAUGUUUAUGUUUGGCUUAUCAUGAUAGACUUGUUCUCAAACGUGUAAAUACAUAGUUUCAGGAUACCUAAUUACUAAACUAUUUGAAUCAAUGCCC